CUAGGAUGUCAGAGCAAGCGAGAUCCAAGUGGAGUGUUCGCUCUUAGGCCGGCGUCGCAUACACAGUAUGUAGUCUCUCUCUGGCUACUCCACCGGAGACCUAAACAGAGAACAGAGCUAGCAGAAAUCUCCCCCGGCCCUCUCCUCUUCCACCACCGGCCGUCGGCGCCGUCGGCUCACCAUAUGGGAUCGUCGUCCGGCAACCGUGGCGCCAUUGCCAUUUCCAGGCAUCUCAAGGUCCUGCUGCCAUCUUCCACCUCCCACAAGCUGCGCAUCUCCGACGAGCUCGCUCGGCACUGGGACGGCGGCGCCGGGGGCACGGCGCUCGUGGUCAGCCCGCUGGGCAAGGUCUGGCGCGUCCAGGUCGCCCGGGACGCCGGCGGCGCGUUCCUGGGGCGCGGGUGGCCCGAGUUCGCCGCCGCGCACGGCUUCGGCGCCGGCUGCUUCCUCGUGUUCCGGCACGAACCUGGCGGCGGCGUGCUGACCGUCAAGGCCUUCGACACCACCUGCUGCUUCCGAGAGUUCAGCCGCCCAAUCACUGCUGCAAACCACGGCGGCGGUUCUCACAGGCCGCAGUUCAUCAAUGUGCUUCUCCCUCCCUCCAUGGAAAAGAUGGGCAUCCCUCCCAAAUUUGUCAAGAACUACAUCUCUGAAGUCGAGAUGGGAAGCUCGGUUACCGUCCUCCUCAGCCCGCUGUCCAAAUUCUGUCAUGUUACUGUCGGGAAGGAUCAAUCAUCAGGUGUUUGGGCCUGACGGCUGCCAGAAAGGUUACAAGGACCAAGGCACCAGUAGCAAGGAACAAGAGCAGAGUGAUAAAACGACAUUUGCCGAUACUAACACAGAAGAGGAAGACCGCGACCAUCUUCCAGUAGGAAACGCAAUGGCAGGGCGAAUAAGCCAGGCGGCGAAGAGAAUUCCGAGAAGCUAACAAGUCCCAUAACUUCGUCGAACAAAGCACCAUUGUC